CGUCAUAUUUGAACACAGUCAGUGCCGGUAUUUUUGUGCUCCUGGAAAAUCUGUAUUUUUACCCAGUUUUCCCUGAAAGAAUGGAAAUCUCCAUAACUCCUCAAAUAGUGGAAAAACUCUGCCACUCGAUUGAGGAGAUUCGUGUGAGGGCAUUGACUACUGUCCAGGGAAAAGUCACCAAGGCGUUGAUCAGUGGAUCUGAGCUUAGUUUCAAUGGAGUUGAUCUCAUUCGAGGUCUCCUGAACUGGUUCAAUCAGGAGAACGUUAGUCGGGGAGAUGUUGCUCUGCAAGUUAUCUUCCUGGUGCUGAACAGCAAAUAUGGCCCUGAAAUUGUUGAGUAUAUGUCCAAAGAUCAACUUAGGAGGGAAUUCAAUAAGAUCCGGAGGGUUUUGAAAGAAGAGGAGCAUUUGAAUGUCCUGAUGGACAUUGAGAGUGUCAUUGAGCAGAUUGAUGUGAAGAAAGUUGAGGAUUCUUCGGGAAAUAUUCCGACAAUUGACCUCACAGAUGAUCUGCCUUCCCUUGUGGACAAUCUCAAUGUUGGAGAUGUCCAGGUGACUCCUAGGGAGUACGUGAAGUGCUGGAGUGUUCCAAAUGCCGUUGAUCUCAAAUCCAUAAAAUUACUUAGGGAAUCCCUUGAUUCUGGGACUCCUCAAAACUUUGUUCGUGCCUUGGACUUUUUGUCCACUGCCAUUGAGGAUUAUCCUCCUGAGUACUUCCUUCAGCCUCCGUACCUGGUAGUGAAGUUCCAGGAAUUGCUGUCAGAUGGAGGGGAUAUUGAGGGCAUUAUUUGCAGAUUUAACUCAAUCCUGAAGAAAAGAAUUCAAAUCCUCGCCUCAGCGGCUGUCUAUGUUCCUGAGGCUGAGGAAUCUGGUCCGGAAAUCUUCACUCAGAUCUCUGUCUCGAAAUACUGUCAGGAGAUGUUCACCGUGGUUAAUUCCUUGCUGAAAGGCACAGAAGAUCAGACAAAGAUCAAUUGGUGCUUCAAGAUCUUUGGUCAGAUGGUAGAUCUCCUGACAAUUGAUGGGCAGAGGCUUCCAUCAACUGUUGAAUUUUUCCUGAAGGAACUGGGAUUGCUGGCAAAAUUCUUCAGGAAGUGCCUGGGAUACAGGAUGCAGGACUUCAGUGCCAGGAAACUGUACAUCAAAGUUCUUCAGUUGAUUGUGAAACUGAAGAAAAUCCCCCUGAGCUGGAAUGAAGAUAUCUCCGGCCAGGAAUUGAACAUUGCAAGGCUGGACAUUGCUGUCAAGAGCUGCUACUCAGAUAUUUACCAUUCCAUUGAGAAGAUAUGCCCAAGAUUGGAGAAAAAUGUCCAAAUUCUGCUGAAUUGCGAAGAGAUUCUGCUUCCGGCAGUGACAUUGCUUCGUCCUCUUGAAGAAUUCUCAGACGAGGACAUUGUUGCACUUGGAGUAGAUGCUCUAAAAUCCUCCAAUAUUCAUCAAAGUAUCCAAUUGACAGAGAUUCUCAUCAAUUCCGUGGUCAAUUGCAUCCCAUUCUUCCCGGGAAAUGCAAAAUUGAGAGAAUCCGGAGAGAAAAUAAUCCUCCAACUUCUAGCUCAUCCGUGUCAGGAAAUCCGACGAUUCUCUUACCAAAAAGCUUCGGAAAAGAUGAAGUUCUUCGUAUCGUCGCUCAUUGAUGGUCAGCAGAUAAUCGGCGGCAGGGGAUUAGGUGGAGAUAGUACAUUCAGAAACUUGGGAAUUCCCCUGACCAGAGAAAUCCUCACAGAAAUCACGGUUUUUGGCUGUUCAAGUUCCGAUCCUGUCAUCCAUUCCAGCGCUGAAAUCAUGCUGAUCUACAUCCUAAAGAGCCGAGUGAUCCUCAAGGGACAGUGGAAGCUGCUUAAGGAUCUACUCUUCCCCAUCCUGCCUCUCCUUCAAUCCUGGACAACGAGAUCCACUAAAUUAGGCGAAGCAAUUCUCAGCCUCCUCCAUCCGGACAGUGAAGUGGCCAAUGGAUUUGAAGUAACUGAAGCCACAGUGAGAUUGCUCUUCAGUCCUGAUCCCAUUGUCCGGGAUGAAGCUGUCUCUAGGAUUCUCUACAUUGUCAAUUCUCAUCCAAAAGCCCAAGAUUUCCUGCCAAAAAUCCCCCAAAUAGCCGACACGGUUACCAAUGACAUUGCCCUUUUGGAUUAUCAAAUCGACAUGGCGGCACGCUUCCGGUCAGAUUCCCACCAGGCAUCCUCAGUGGAGAGUCUCCUGGCGAUACUCAAAAGUGACAACGUGGAACCUGCCGUGCGAAAAACAACAAUAAUGCAACUCAAUCUCCUAGCCAUGGAUCCCUGUGUCAAUGACUACCUAAUGAGUUGCGGAGCCAAUAUAAUUAUCCUGGAAAUCCUGGACAAUUGCUUCAGAAUCUCCCAGAAUCGAGAUUACGUCGAUAUUUGCAUUCCCGCCAUUGGGAUUCUCUCAAAACUUCUACUGCACUGUCCAGUUCUCCGGAAAGAUCUCUCCGAAGAAAUUAAUGUCUACUUCAUCAUUCUGAGGAGUCUCCUGAUGUUCCACCAUGAUGACGGUCUCAAGGCAGAUGCAGCCACGGCGCUAUUCCUCCUGUCCUUCAGCACCUACACCAUCGGCAGCUACAGCAUUUCCCUGCCUCGAAUUCUCAACAAACUGAAAAUCCCAUUCCUGCCACAGUUCCACUGGUCAGAGAGUCCUCACAGAAUCCUCUCGCCACUCGAGGAGAUCUUCUUCGAGCCAGAUGGUCACUCAAGGCCAUCAACUGCCGAUUCAAAUUCCUCAGACAAAAGCACCUUCUGGCAGUUUCUGAGGAUCUCCUUUGCCAGUAUUUGGUUCAAUGGCCUAGAAAAUGUUCUCAUGAAUGCCAGGCAGUCAAAGAGGGCGACUGAGGACGGCCAGAGGAUCAACUAUUGUCAUGUUCCAAUCAAUGGAGGAAAGAAUUACAGGAUGAUCAGAGCAUUGGAUUUCGAUGAUCGCCUCAAGAUGACCAAGAAAGAUCUACUCCUGAUUCAUGCGUCCCUCCCAAUGGACUCCUUCAGGUACUUCAUCCACCAAAUUGAGAACUCAACAACCCACCAAGAAGUGUCUUCUGCCAUCGCUCAUAUUCACUGCAAUUUGACCCUGGAUCCCACCAAAAAAUUCCCAAUGGAGAGUCUUGUGGUGAUUCUCAAAAAAUUCUGUCUCACUCCACCUUCAACAUCUGAAGAUUGCGAUCUCUUCGGGAAGAUUUUGCAGCUCCUCCGGAUCAUGUUGGAUCACGAAAAUGAUGGAAAGACUCGUGAAUGGCUCAUUGAUCAAAUCAAAAUUCGCAAUUCUGCCUUCACUAGCAUUUUCCUAGCACCAUCAAUUCCCCAUGUGGUUUACCAGGAAAAUGCCAAGCUCCUUAUGAAGAUUUUAGGAGGUUUUUCAGAUGGAACGCAGGGUGGUGGUUCAGUGAGGAAGGAUAAAAAAAUAUUAGGUGAAAUCUUUCGGGCUAUCUUGAAAGCUUUAGAUAAAAAUCUUGAGGAUUUGAAUCAAAUGAGUAGAGCGAGAAUUCUCAUGGGUCUGCUCGUUUGUGUGACAUGCAAGACUUUUCUGGAAAUUGACAAUGCAAGCUAUGUUAUUAAUCGUAUCCUGAGAUAUACAAUGGCUACGAAGUCUCUGUGUCAGGGUGGCUCAAAGUUCGUCCUCAAUUGUUUGCUAACAGUCCGGGGAUUGAUGGAUAGCACAGAGUUAGAUGAAGGGAGAAUUAAACCAAAAUACAUUAGAUACAUUUCUGGACUAUGUGGGCAUAGUGAUGUCUGGAUUAGGCAAGCAUCUUGGAUGAUUUUGUGUAAGUGGUCAGAAGGAUUUAGUGGAGCUCAUACAGUGAUAGAGGAGCUCAAGUUCCUUCCUGGAGGCUUCCAUGCGUGCUGCAUUGUGACCCUUUUGGACAAUCACGAAGCAGGAUGCGUUCGUGAGAUGGCAGCUUGCACUUUUCGCAAUCUCUGCUCCCAUAGAACUGCAAAUUCCGGAAGUAUUGCUGCCCAGGUGUCGCCCAGAUGUAGCGAAUCUGAAAUUCAGGAGGCCAAUAAUCCUGAGAACCUAAUCAUGGUCAUUGUAAAGAAACAUAAAGUUGCUGAGGAAAUUGUUAAAUCCCUAGCGAAUUUUUCCAUCUGGGAUGCUGUCCAGGAAACAGAAGACACAGAAGAAAAGCGAAAAAUUUUAACAGAUUCAAAUGCAGUUCUCGGAUUUUGUGUUCUCUUGAAGGUCAUCACGGAAAUUGAUUCAGCGUAUAUUGAUGUUUUACUGGAGGAAAAUUGUCUGCAAUCUUUGGCCACAGUUUUAGCCCUUGUGCCAACGAAUCCUUCAAAUAGUGUCUUCCGGAUGGCAUCGGGAAUAUGCACAACCCUGAUCCCUUGCAUUCUGCACAGCGAAGAAAUCCUGCAGUGCAUCGUAGGGCAGAAUCAUGCUACCGUCGGAGCUCUUCUAUUCCUUCAGGACGACUCUCUAUAUUCCGAUUGUGAUAGUGUUCAAGACAUUGCUACACCAUUCUUAAAAAUACUCUCCAUCUUUGGAACAUGUCCAGCUGGAUUCAAUAUUGUGACAAAUCUCAUGCAAGAGGAAAAUCCGGAAAAGCUCUUUUCUCUUGCAACUCGUGGAUUACUGGUGGAUUCCGGAAAGGAUUUUCAAUUGGCAUCACUGGAAUUCCUUUCAGUCUAUUUAAGAAUGGGAAUCACCCAGGAAAAUGACAAUUUUCUUCACCUAAUCGAUCCCAGGAGUAACAUAGUAUCACAAGAUGAUGAGAAUCUCAAUCCAAAUGCAGAAGUCAUCAUCAAAUCCGGCAAAAAUUUUCAAGGAGAGAAAAUGGUAGUUACUGUAAUCUUUCAGAGAAUGCAGAAACUCUUUGAAGCACUGUGUUGUCAGGAUAAGCCCGAAAUUGCAUCAUUCCGAUCGUGCAAUGUAAAAAAGAGUGCCGGAAAGGCACUGGGAAUCCUUCUGAGCUGCAGUCCUUCCAGCAGAUGUUUAGCAAAAUGUUCAGAAUUCCUCAGUUUUCUCCUGAAACGCUUGGAGGAUACCUGUAAAUCACUGGGAUCCUCAUGUGCAGACUUUGUCCGCCAUCAUGGAGAAGUGAAGAAGAAACCGAUUGUUAGUGAACUCAUCCUGAUCACUGAUAUCCUUUGUGGGUGGUUUUCAGCGGAUCUUCUGGAAAAUACAUCAGAAAUUGAUGCCAUAUGCCGAAUUAUGCUGAAACUGUGGACAUGGAGUGGAUCAACACGCCAUUUACAGAUAAACUUCUGGCUUCUCCUUAAGCAUCUUAGUGAGCAAUCUUACGUCUUUUGCCGGAAAGUUUCGAUAACUUACAGCGGUUUUUCCCAAUCGAUUCUCCAACUCAUGAUCACUGCCACUGUCCAGGAGACUAAUCGUGCUAAACAGCACGAAGUGGACCUCUCUAGGCUGUCACUUCUGCUGAGAUUCCUCAGCAACUGCUGUUCUUGCAUUGAGAGUCGCAUUGCGAUGGUCAAGCAAGGAUUGUUGGACAAUAUUAGUCAGUUUCAUCCAUCCGUGACGCGGCUCCAGCGUCCUCAGGGUCAUGUGAUAGAGGAAUGGCUUAAAUUCUAUGAGAUUCUGUCACGGUACCCUGAAGGAGAAAGUGCCAGGCAUCUUACGGUUCUAGCAGCCCUUAUACCGCUGCGAAAUCCAGGAGUUAGAAGAAAAGCAAUUGAGAUUUUGAGGAAUUUCGCUUUUGCAGACGCCAAUACGGCUGCUUUGCUAGCUUCGGAGGAGUUCCUGACAGCUGUAAAGUAUGUUCUCGAUGAAGGCGAUAGAGAUGAUCAGAGAAACAUAGUCGCAGCUAUCUGGUCAAUCAUCGAGAAUAAUCAUCGUGCCAAGACGGCCAUUAAAGCAUCUUCAAUUCCUAGACGACUCAUAAAAAUCCAGAAUUCUCUGAUAAUCGAAGGAGUCUCUGAGCAGACAAAUCAACUCUAUCAGUCGCUCGAAUGUAUUUCAAAAAUUCUCAAUCAGUAAUCAGUUCGAUCGUUCUUUAUUCAAAAAUCAAUGUGUUCUAGUCACUUCCUAAUCUUGCUUCUGAAUCUCAGUAAAUGAGAACAGAAAAAAGGACACAAAUGUUACUCAGUGGUACGUAAAAAAAAGAUAUUAAGGAUGUCAAAAGAAUUGUGCCACGCUGCUUUUGCCUUCUGAAAUGGAGCAAUUUCUACCGAAACCGGACAAUUGUGAUGAAGACUGUUGCAAAGAUGAGGAAAGUAUUCAGGAACACCUUGAGGGCGCCUCCUCUUUGGCACACUUCUACGUCAUCGAAGAGUUCUAUAUAAUUCCGAACACUUGUGCUCAAAUCCGUACUAUUUGCUGGUACAAGUCCAAUCGUGGAGUCCUAGAACACAAAAAAAACAAUGUAAGUCAAAAUUUCCGUUUGAUUUCAGUUUUAUUUUAAAAAUUUUAAAUUAAUCCCGAAGUUGCUUUUCGGUUACUGGGAAAAAAUCCGAAGUUAACCGAAAGGCAGCCAUAACUGUCAGUUUGACAGCCAUUAUGAAUUUAAUAGUCUGAAGUUUUAUUGAAAAUUUUAUAUUAAAAAUGUAAAGACACCCGCAAACAUUUGUAUUAAAGCAUUUUAGAUUGUAAA